CGUUGGGUGUGGGGCCUCUGUGGUGGUCCUGAUGUGCCCCAUGCCGCAUUGUCUGUAUCUACAGUCAACACAGAGAGCCACGGCGUGGGGAUCAAGCAGAGUCAGCUCUCUGUGAGCUCCCAUAUUGUACAAGAGGAUGAAUUAUUGAAAGCUGUACGAAAUAGCGAAUCAUUGCGCUUAACUUUUACUUUGCAUUUGACGGAAAGCACAUCUGUCGAAUGGGAAACAGUAGUAUGGCGUCGUUGUCUUUAUAUUCGCGUGCCAAGCUGCCUUUUACCUGAAGGUUCAAAAGAAGGCUUCGUUUCUCUCCUGGAGUAUGCUGAAGAAACAUUACGAUGUAUAAAUAUCAUCAUUUGUCUGCGUAAAGACAGAGCGGAUCGAGCAAUGCUGGUUCGUACCUUCAUGUUUUUGGGCUUCAGUGUUCUACCGCCGACUCACUCCUUGGUACCACCAGGCAGUGAUGCUGGCAAUCUCUACAUGCUCUAUGCCAUCGAGUAGUCAACCAGAAGCUCAACUUCUCUUUCAAAUUUAACGCACAGGGGCAAACACUGAACGGAAACGUAUGUAUUCUACAGCCACAUCUCAGCAUGAAAGAAAAAUUAUAUUAUACAAUUUAAUCCUUUGCACUCCAAUGGUAAUUCUUAGAUAACUCCAGAAGUAACUCUCCAGCAUCAUUUAGAUUGAUGCAAUUCGAAUGGCAACAAUAUUUAUUUUGAUUUUUUUUUAGAAUAUCUUUUCAUGAAUAGAUUCCUAAGUUCUUUACAUAUAAUUUUAAUAAAAUAUAAAAUAAUAUAUUAUUAAAUGGCUAGAUUUCUUUCAUCUCAAAUUAGACUGCGAAUCGGACUAUGUUCGUCGUUAAUUUGAGAAUCGUGGCAAUAUUUUCAAAAUUUUUAAUUUUAUAAGCAUAGAAUAUGAUAAUGAAAUUAGUUCAAGACAAAUUUGAUUUUUUGUUAUUGAAUAAUAAAAUUAUUUCUAUCCAUUAAAAAAUUGAUGGGAAGAGAAAAAUAGUGAUGAAAAUAAAGAUAUAAUAAAAGAAGAUGAAAAAUAAGAAUAAAAUAGUGAAUUUAAGAGCACGUUAUUGGAUUUGUAACAUUUGAUCUCAACGAAUAUAGAUGGAAGAUCAAAUGAUAUUUUAUUGUGAUACUUGCCCUGACAAAUCAAGAAUAUACUUUGAUAAUUUAUACGUUAAUUUGUUAAUUUGUGAAAUCAUUUUAAAUUAAUUGUAAGAAAUUCAUUGAACAGAUGCGGGAAUCCUUUGGAGUUGUUAAUUCGAACGAAAAAAGCUUGGAGCGCAAAGGAUUAAAUGCCCUAAAUUAUAAAUGAUGUUUUACUUUUUAAUUCCGUUAGUAAAUUUCAUUGUGUUUAUUAUUAAGAAAUUAAAUUCGUAAAAAUUUCAUAAAAAAAAUAAAUAGAUAAAUAGAUAUUUCAAAUUCUUCUUGCUAUAAUAAUAAAACAAAUUAUUACAAUAAAAAAGUUAAUACUUUUGAAAUAUGUAAAGUAUGUAAAAUAUGUCAGAAAUAACAGUUUUAGUAUUAUGCACCUUGGCGUUAAAUUUAAGGGAAAUCUUUAUAUGUAUACGUACAUAUAUAUAGAGAGAAUAUAUACAUGUGUAUAUGUGCGCGCGCGUGUGUGUGUGAAAGCAAGUACGAAAAUAUAUGGGGAGAGAUACGAAGAAAUAAAAAAACCGAAACUAAUAGUCGGGUAUGUAGAUUGCCAACAUAAUACAAUGUAGGCGAAAAUGUCGAUUAAUCCUCUUGAAUACAAUAUUAAGAGCAUGUAAACAGCUGACGAAGCUUCCCACGUAAAAAAUUUGACGGUCUCAAAAUCGUAAAAUUACUGAAACGUCAAAUUACGCAAAAAUUUAUUAUUAAUAAAUCUCAAUGUUAAUUGUAUCAAAUUGGGUUUUACCGCGUCUUAUUCUGUAUUAUUAUAUAUUUUCUUAUUAUUUGUAAGUAUUAUUAUUGUAUACACAUACAUACAUGUUAUAUAACUGCUCAACCAGCAUUUGGUUGUCUUUAAGUAAAUAUCUUUUGUUUAGUUUAUAUUUUUUUACAAAUGUAUCAAAAUUUAUUAUCUUUCUAAUAAAGAUUAAUUUAAAUAAAAUACUAACUUGUGACAUAAUUCAUAAAACUUCAAUAUAAUUAUGUUUUUGGAAUGAGAUGAAAAACAAAAAUAACCAAGUAUAUCAUAAUUAAAAAAUUAUAUUUAAAAUAUUUUGUUAUAAUACUUACAUAUAUAUUUAAGUAAUAAAUUAUACAUUGACAAUGAUUGUAAUUUCAAUUAAAUCAAUUUUUGUUUAUUAUGUUUAUAUACAAUUAAUAUUUGUAGUGAUAAUAGCAAUUAAUGAUAAUGAUUAUGAUUAUAGUUUGGUAAUCCCAAUCAAUUAACAUUGUAGUUUGUUUUAGUAAAUGCGUUCUAUAGUGUUGACUCGAUAAUGAAUGAUAUGAUUGUAAAGUCAUUAAAAAAAAGUAAAAUAUUACAAAAAAAAGAAAAAAAGAAAAAAAGUGUUUAUAGCUUGAUAUAGAAAUAUAGAUAAAUACAGAAUAAAUAAUGAAUUAUUAUAUGUUAAUGCAUUAUCGUCCAAUUUGCCUCAAUUUUUUUCAGUUGAAAAUAGAACUUUGUGUUUCAUUAAUUAUUAUUGUAUACUGUAUUUAUACAGUUGAUUACAUAAAGAUAUAUGUAUGCUACA